AAAAAAAAACUCCUCCCCAGACCAGGGUGUUCCCAUUAAACUUCCUUAAAAUCUAACCAAUAUAAAGCCACACACCACUGACCUACUUCACUUCAGCAGCAGAGAGGCACAUCCACUCGGAAGACUUCAGCAAACCAAGUUUGACUUUUUAACACAAGGAUGUUGCAUCUGUGUGUGCUCCUGCUGGCGGGGUCAGCUCUAAGCCACCUGGACGAAGCUUUCCUGGACCAGCAAUGGGACCAGUGGAAACUGACACACGCCAGGGAAUACAACGGCCUGGAUGAAGAGGGGAUCCGCAGGGCCAUCUGGGAGAAGAAUAUGCUCAUGAUUGAAGCUCACAACCAGGAGGCGGCGCUGGGCAUUCAUUCCUACGAGCUGGGGAUGAACCACCUGGGAGACAUGACGUCAGAGGAGGUGGUUGAGAUGAUGACUGGUCUGCAGACCCCCGAGUAUCGCGACCGCAGCUUCACCAUGGCCCUGAACGACGACGUGCGAAGGCUUCCCAAAUCUGUGGACUACCGCAAGAAGGGUAUGGUGACCUCGGUGAAGAAUCAGGGAGCGUGUGGUUCCUGCUGGGCGUUCAGCUCGGCCGGGGCCCUGGAGGGCCAGCUGGCCAAGAAGACCGGCAAGCUCGUCGACCUGAGCCCUCAGAACCUGGUGGACUGUGUGACGGAGAACGACGGCUGUGGAGGAGGAUACAUGACCAACGCCUUCAACUACGUGAACGAAAACGGAGGCAUCGACUCCGAGGAAGCUUACCCAUACGUCGGAGAGAACGAGCCGUGCCGCUACAACUCCUCCGGCAUGGCGGCGCAGUGCCGAGGCUACAAGGAGAUCCCGGAGGGCGACGAGCACGCCCUGGCCGUGGCGCUCUACAAAGUGGGCCCCGUGUCCGUGGGCAUCGACGCCACGCUGAGCACCUUCCAGUUCUACCAGAAAGGUAUUUAUUAUGACCGCAACUGUAACAAGGAAGACAUCAAUCAUGCCGUGCUGGCAGUCGGCUACGGCGUGAACACCAAGGGGAAGAAGUUCUGGAUCGUGAAGAACAGCUGGGGCGAGAGCUGGGGCAACAAGGGCUUCAUCAUGAUGGCCCGUAACCGUGGAAACCUCUGUGGCAUCGCCAACCUGGCCAGCUACCCCCUCAUGUGAACGGACGAGUGCAGAGCUCAGAGGAAGAGGAGGGAAGACGACGGGGCUUUGCUGCGACUACCACACUCAAACAAAAACACAAAUGUUCACCAGGUUCAUUUAAACAUCGAAGCAGCCGCGACAGAAAGCAGCAGUUUGUUUACACGCUUUAUUCCUUUAUUUAACUACAAAAACAAUCUUAAGAAUUAAAAAUCGGCCCCCUUUUCUGUUGAAUGGAAACUGCUCACUACUAGAUUUGUGGAUUUCAGCGUUGAUAAAAGUAUCUGAUGGGGUCAUUUGGUAAUCUUGACUUUUGUGAAGCACUUUCAACCCCGGAGGUCUUUAGUUUUAUCUGCAGAGCAGCAGGCGGCCGCUGUAAUCUGCUGCUCUCGUACCUACAGGGCACGCUGUCUGGCAGUGUUUGCAACCUUAGCCUGGAGCUCAGGAAGGUUUUUAAGCCACAGCGCCGAGUUAAAAUCAGGCAGCAAUCCGUGUCGGUGAUUCAGUGAUGUAGUCAGUUUGAGUCUCCAGUUUUUCUUAUUCUUUGUGUGUAAAACAGACGGGAUGUGGAAAACAUUGCUGGGCAAUGGGAGCUCCUCCUCUCCUGUCCCCGGAGAGUCAUCUCUUUUAUGUGUGUGUGUGUCUUUCUGAAUCAUGUUUGUUUUUUGUUCUGUUCAGCACUUUUCUAAUGAUUUGACUGUAAACGGAUGUUUUCUAUGAAAUUGAAUAAAGAUUUCAUUUUGAAGUUAAA